AUGGGAGAGAAGGGACUCAGCAAGGACCUCAAGCAGGUCAUGCAAAGGCCGUUCGUGAAACAUUCUAUGAUGAACACCGACAUGCAAGCAGAGGUCGUUGACAUCAUAAUCGGUGCUAUUGACAAGCACACGGACAGCAAGGGGCCCAACGUUGAGCUAGCAACGAAGCUUAUCAAGGACACACUCGAUCGCCAAUACGGUGCACCGUGGCACUGCGUGAUCGGCGAAGGAUUCUCAUUCGACGUCACAGCUCAGGUGGGCUGA